GGAUGUGGAGCGCGGGCAAAGUUUUAGGGCUAGCGAUGGCGAUGGCGACACGAUCUUCUUCUUUCUCGAUCUAACCCUCUUUCGAGCGCCAGGAUUCAUCGAAUCCGGAUUUCCGGGCGAUGGCCUGUCAAUGGAGAGCUUCCGGACUCCACAUUGUGAUACAGUGGCGAGCUGUGGCUUCUUUCGAGGUAAUAAUCUCGCGCUCUUUGGACUUGGAAGAUAGAAUUUGUAGGAAGUCCAGCUCCACGGCGACGAAGUGACCACUUUCUGUUUCUCAAGACCAGGAUGAAGCUGAAUUUGCGAAGCUUAUAUAUGGCUGAUGGCAAUGCUACGGCCGAGCUCCUCCAAGUUUCCACAUUGCUUCAGCAAGCCAUCGCAUCAGCUUCUUCUGAAAAGGUCGUUGCCAGAGACAACACUCUUCAAACGGGUGAAAGCUGCUCGAUCACUGGUUCUGGAUCAAGGCUGGAGCAACGGUAUACGACGAUUUGGCCACAGAAUGCACCUUCAGGAGAACGACUUCGACAAACACUGACACUGAGCAGAUUGAGAAUUUGGUUAGAGAGGGUACAUUUAGUUUGCUGCAAACAGUUUCUUCGAUUGAGCAGCAACAGCAUAGCUGCGAAAAGGAUGAAAAAUGUUUUGAGUAUAUAACACACGAGAAAUGAAAAGUGGAGCUGGACCGAUGUAAGAAGCGCCUCUCAGUGCUUUAAA